UGUAGGAAAGUUAUAGAGUUCACAAACUAUGGUAUAGAUCUGAAUAUUGAUCAAAUGUCAGAACAGUACAGAUAUCCCCCAAAUGUCAGAACAGUACAGAUAUCCCCCAAAUGUCAGAACAGUACAGAUAUCCCCCAAAUGUCAGGACAGUACAGAUAUCCCCCAAAUGUCAGACAGUACAGAUAUCCCCCAAAUGUCAGAACAGUACAGCUAUCCCCCAAAUGUCAGGACAGUACAGAUAUCCCCCAAAUGACAGGACAGAUAUCCCCCAAAUGUCAGGACAGUACAGAUAUCCCCCAAAUGACCACUUUU